AUGGAUAUCAAAGCUGACAGAGUCUGCAGCUCAAUUCUCGGUUUCCCCCGCAUGGGAGUGAACCGCGACCUCAAGAAGGCCAACGAAGCAUACUGGGCUGACAAGCUCUCCCAAAAGGAGCUCCUCGACGAGGGCAAGCGUCUCAGACUCGCCCACUGGAAGAUUCAGAAAGACGCUGGUGUCAACCUUAUCCCGAGUAACGACUUCUCACACUACGAUCAUAUUCUGGAUCAUAUCCAACUUUUCGGAGCCGUCCCUGAGAGGUACUCCAAAUACAAACUUGACCCGAUCGAUGAAUUCUUCGCCAUGGGCCGAGGACGGCAAGUACCAGAAAAAGGUAUCGAUGUCCCAAGUCUGGAGAUGGUGAAGUGGUUCGACUCAAAUUAUCAUUACGUCAAGCCUACACUGCAGGAUGGCCAGCAAUUCAAAUUGGCUGAGAAUCCAAAGCCCCUUGUAGAGUUUCUUGAGGCCAAGGAAGCCGGCAUCAUCACCCGUCCCGUCAUCGUUGGCCCAGUUUCCUUCCUUGCACUCGGUAAGGCCGAUCGAGGCCAGAAUGUCGUUCCCAUCAGUCUCCUGCAUAGCCUGCUUCCGUUGUAUGAGGAACUUCUGACCAAGCUGAAAGAAGCUGGUGUCGAAAAUGUCCAGAUUGACGAGCCGGUGCUUGCUCUGGAUCUCGCUCCCAAGGUCAAGAAUGCCUAUAAACCCGCCUAUGAUAGACUUUCGGCACUUGGAAACAAGGCCCCUGAGAUCACUAUUGCCACUUAUUUCGGGGAUAUUGUCCACAACAUCGACGUCCUUGAUUCUUUCAAGGAAUUGUAUGGCGUCCAUGUUGAUGCUGUCCGUAACCCUGAGCAAGUCUCCACCGUUAUUGACGCACUUGGGCCUAAGCAAGUUCUCUCAAUCGGUGUCGUUGAUGGCCGCAACAUCUGGAAGACCAACUUCAAGAAGGCCGUCGAAAAAGUCGAAGACGCCGUGCAAAAGUUAGGUAAAGACCGUGUGGUCGUGGCGACCUCGUCCUCACUUCUCCACACUCCUCACACUCUUGAAUCAGAGAAGAAACUCGACGAAGAGGUCCGUGAUUGGUUCAGCUUUGCCGUAGAGAAGGCAACAGAAAUCAAUGUGAUUGCCAAGGCUGUCACCGAAGGCCCAGCAGCUGUUCGCACUGAGCUUGAGGCAAAUGCUAAGUCAAUGGAAGCCCGUGCAAGCUCAAAGCGUACCAAUGUCCCUGAAGUCAAGGCUAGGCAAGAAGCCGUCAAAGCCGCUGACUUCGAGCGUAAAUCCUCAUUCCCCACCAGAAUUGCUCAACAGCAAUCGAAACUCAAUCUUCCGUUGUUCCCUACCACCACAAUUGGCUCUUUCCCUCAGACCAAAGAUAUCCGGAUCCAAAGGAAUAAGUUCACGAAAGGCGAAAUAACACCAGAGGAAUACGAAAGCUUCAUCAACAAAGAGAUUGAAGACGUCGUAAAGAUUCAGGAGGAAUUAGGUCUCGAUGUUUAUGUACACGGAGAGCCAGAGCGUAAUGAUAUGGUACAGUACUUCGGGGAGAGGCUCGAUGGUUACGCAUUCACAACACACGCAUGGGUCCAAAGUUACGGUUCUCGAUGUGUCCGGCCGCCAAUCAUCGUGGGUGAUAUUUCUCGACCAGCACCUAUGACUGUGAAAGAAUCGAAGUAUGCUGCUUCGAUCUCCAAGAAACCGAUGAAGGGUAUGCUCACAGGACCAAUAACCUGUCUCCGAUGGUCAUAUCCCCGUGACGACGUCCACCAAUCUGUGCAAGCCGAACAACUUGCCCUAGCUCUUCGUGACGAGGUCGUUGAUCUUGAGGCCGGUGGCGUCUAUGUCAUCCAGGUUGAUGAGCCAGCUCUUCGGGAAGGUCUUCCCCUCCGAGCCGGUCUCGAGCGUGAGAACUAUCUCAGCUGGGCCGUCAAAGCCUUCCGUCUCUCCACCGCCGGUGUCGAAGAUUCCACCCAGAUUCACUCACAUUUCUGCUACUCUGAAUUUCAGGACUUUUUCCAUGCCAUCGCCGCCCUUGACGCUGAUGUCUUGAGCAUCGAGAACAGCAAGAGUGACGCUAAGCUACUUAAGGUCUUCGUCGACGAGGCCUACCCAAGGCAUAUCGGCCCGGGUGUCUACGAUAUCCACUCUCCUCGUAUCCCAUCUCAGCAAGAGAUCGAGGAAAGAAUCCAAGAGAUGCUUCAAUAUUUGUCACCCGAACAGCUGUGGAUUGACCCCGAUUGCGGACUUAAGACCAGACAGUGGAAAGAAACAAAGGCAGCCUUGGUCAAUAUGGUUGAAGCCGCAAAGGUCUUCAGGGCCAAGUACAGCAAGUAG